CUUUUCCGCAAAAGUCACCCGAUCCCGCGGGCAUGAGGGGUCUCGCCUGAACAGACCUGCACAUAAUAAAGAACAUGUUCUUCAGUUUAAGCUCAAGGCGCUUUUGUAUAGUAUAUACGCUUACUAUUUAAGUUUCUCGUGGUUGAGUCGCUUAGCUAGGAUGAGCGACGCGCGUAGAGCAAGUUUGCGGGAUGCCCCGCUUGAGCAUAUGUUCCGUUUCCUAGACAGCAAAAGUAAACUGGCCAUAAGAAUGUGCUGUACGCAAUUACGUGACCGUCACGAUGCGGUCGUCCGUCGGAUAUCUGUGACAUUAGGAGAACCUGCCAAUCCGGCCUUUGCCAUUGUUUCAUCGCUACGGCGGAUAUUCUCACGGGGAUGCAGUCCCUCUUACCUGCUUCUUCGCUGCCUUGAAGAGAACGAGCCGGAAAUACUCAACGUGAUGGCUACGCUCAAAACACUCAGCAACCUGGCUGAGCUGUGGCUUCAUGGUUGCGCUCUGACACCAAACGUCACAACGGCUGUGGCAGGCACAGUACCUCAGCUGACAAGUCUGACGCUGAGCGGUGCCUCUGUUAGCGAUCACUCCCUCCAAACGGGUCUUGGCUCUGUCCUGCACGCCCUUCCCAAACUGGAACACAUCGGCUUGUACGGCGCUAAGGACGCUAAGGACGUCCCAGAGCCUGCAUGGCUAGCGCUCUCACAGCACAACAGCCUGCGCAGCCUCGAUACAGGCUCACUUCACGUCGGGCAGUUGUCCGUCCUCACGAACCUGCAUGCGCUGCGCUUAUCUGGAGCCCCGCUGAAAAUCAAAAUCGAGGCCUUCCAGCGUUGCAUAGCAGCACUGACCGGCCUAACAAGCCUUAAGCUCUUCACCGCCAUUUCUAGCCAGACGGAUAUGCCAGCCGUGCCGUGCCUUUCCGCUCUGGUCAACCUCCGAGAGCUGGACGUGAACAACUUGCCUCUCUCCCGGGAAGACCUCCUGGCCCUGCCCCAGCUCACCGCCCUCACCUCCCUCAAGUCCGGGCUCCCGGCGACCAAUGCUGUCCUGGGGCGGCCAGCCGGCCCCGCCCGUGCCGCGAUCCCCUGGCAGCUCCCACCCAACCUCAAGCAACUGUUUCUCCGCAAGCAGGACGGCAUUCUUCCUGAACAGGACCUCAAUUUGCUGGUGCUGGCGGCGCUGCAGCCGCCGCCCGCCUCCCUGGCUGUCGUACAACUGUCCGACAACACCGUCGUCAAGCUGCCCUCCAGCAGCGCUGAGGCGCGCGACGCCUUGCAGCUGCUGGUACCUCGGCUGGCUGCCUGCCUGCAACCCAGGUCCCUACACCUGCGCGACGUCCACUUCCGCCCUGGCGUUUUCCUCCCGCUCGGCGCGCACGCCCACCAUGUGUGGCUGCCGCUGCUGGGCGGGCUGCGGCUGGCGCGGCUGGUGCUGCAGGGGCUGGUGCUGCAGGGGGAGGCGCUACAGGCUCUGGCGGGCCCGGAACUGGGGGAGACGCUGGAGACCCUGUCCCUGCUGCAAUGCCGCAUGGAGCCGCGUGCGCUGACCCACCUUGACCGUCUCGGCCACCUCGGCCGGCUGCGGGUACUCAGGGCGGACCUGGCUGUCGGCCGGCUGUCGCCACUUGCCGUCAUCGACCCGGAGGGCCCUCACGACGACAACGCGGAGGCAGUAGCGGUAGCUGCCGUGGCAGCAGGAGCCGUGCAGGAGCCCCUAGCGAGCGCGGCGGUGCAGGUGGCGGCGGCGGUGGAGGGCUUGCUGAGUGAGCUGUGCGGCAGGGGCGCGGAGGUGGAGGUUGCAGUGGACAUGGCGGGUUGGGAUGAGGAGAGGGUGUUUGUGGGAAGGGAGAUGCGCAGGGGUCUAUGCAGGGAGAGGUUGACGGCAGCGCUGAGGGCGGUGCGGAGGCGGCUGGUGCAGCGGGGCGGUGCGUUCGCCCACCCCAGGCUGCUGCGUGUGUCCUAGGUGAUGGCGGUGUGGGGUUCGCCCGCCGGCAAGGUGUGAGCGUUGCUGUGGUGCUGAUGACGUCUGCUGCGCAGCUGCCGGCCUGCUUCUUCUGGUCGGUGUAGCGUGGCAGCAGAGCAGCCUUAGGCAGCGUGUCCCGUCUUCGGCUUUCAAUCAGCAGUAGAGGAGUUCCUACUUGUAUCAAGGGUAUCCCAGGAAUGCCUUCCCAAACGGUAUGCGCCUUCAAUGAUAAGCUGACGUUAAGAUGUGCUGGACUAGAGACAUCCUCACAUGUGUUGCCCCGACUUCUUUUAAACAAACCGCUG